CAGCUGGAUCAGAUGUUGCAGGCAGACAAGAAUGAAGCUUUAAAGAAGGCACUGUUUCGUGGUGAUGUGUCAUUAAUUGAAGAACUCUUAAACUCUGGUAUAAGCAUAGAAUCUAGCUUUCAGUUUGGAUGGACUCCCCUGAUGUGUGCUGCCAGUGUGGCUGACUUUGCAGUAGUGCGUCUUCUUCUGGACAGAGGUGCUAAUGCAUGUUUUGAAAUAGAUAAGUACAGCGUGCUGAUGGCAGCAUGUACUGCACAUGCUUCAGAGGAAAACAUCUUGAAGACUGUAGAACUGCUUCUGUCAAGGAAUGCUGACCCUAACCUUACUUGCAGGAGACAAAUGACUCCACUGAUGUAUGCAGCUAGAAAAGACUAUCCCCAGGUUGUUGCUCUUCUUGUCGCUCAUGGUUCACAUAUAAAUGCCCAAGAUGAAAAUGGAUAUUCAGCAUUAAUAUGGGCAGCACAGCAUGGACAUAAAAGUGUAAUUUUUAAGUUACUUGAGCUGGGAGCUGACAAAAAUCUACAGACUAAGGAUGGGAAAACAGCAGCAGAGCUAGCAAAAAUUAAUAAACAUUCAGAGGUAUUUCAUUUCUCUUUGAAAU